CCUGCCUCUUCCUUCCCUCCCCGUCAUCCAUCCGGCCCUGAAGCCCAGCGACCUCUCUCUUUGCCGCCGCCGUCUGUCUGUCGUUCUCGGCUGCCAUAUCCAGUGCAGCCACAUCCGAUAUCGUCGAUUCGUUCCUCCCGAUCUCGCUGCCCCCUCGUCGACUCGACAGCCACUCUCUCCCUCGCGCCACCAUGAUCGACAGCAUCUUCAUCACAGACGGGGCCGGCAAGGUCUUGGUCGAAAAGCACUACCAUGCCAUUACGCCGCGAUCGCUGGUUGACCAGUACUGGAGCACCACAAAGUCGUCCAAGAGGGGCGUUCCGCCCGUCGCCCAAGUGUCGUCGUUCUACUUUCAUCGGAUAUCAAAGGGAGGCGUCUUCUUCCUCGCCGUCUCGGAAUUCGAGGCUCCUCCCCUCGAAGUCCUGAGCUUCCUUCACCGCACCGUCGAGAUCUUUGAAGACUAUUUCGGCGCCAUCUCGGAGACCGCGAUCAAGGAGCACUUUGUGAUCAUCUACGAGCUCCUGGACGAACUGCUCGACUACGGAUCGCCAUACAUCACCGAGCCCAACAUCCUGAAGGAGCUCGUUCCUCCUCCAUCGCUGCUGAACACCGUCAUCAAUGCUGUCGCCAUCGGCACGGCAUUCGGUACCAAGCAGCCGGUUGGCACAAUCUCGAACGUGCCGUGGCGAUCCUCGGGCAUCAAGUACAUCACCAACGAGGUCUUUUUCGACAUUAACGAAGUAGUCGACUGCAUACUCGACCGCAACUCCAACGUCGUCACUGGUCAGAUCCAUGGCGAGAUUCAGUGCAAUGCUCGCCUGAGCGGCAUGCCGGAGUGCCUCCUUUCAUUCACAAACUCCCGUGUCUUUGAAGACUCGAUGGUCAGCCUGCAUCCCUCUGUCAAACACGCCCGGUUCGAGCGCGACCGAUGUUUGUCGUUCAUUCCUCCCGAUGGAAACUUCAAGUUGAUGGCAUUCGAAACUCCUCUGCUCAGCCACCAAGGUCUCCCCAUCUCGGUCCGGGUCCAAUUCCAUGCCUAUAACCAGAAUGGCAAAUUCAGCAUCUCGCUCCAGCCGCGAUACACAGCCGGCGGAUCUCUGGAGAAAUGCAUCAUCUACUUUGAUGUGCCCGAGGGAGUCGUGCCGACCAAGCUAAAUGCCAGCAUCGGCACCGGCAACUUUGAUCAGAUGAACAACCAGGUCCGCUGGGAUCUCGGCAAGAUUCCCAAGGACUUUAUGAGCUCUGGGGUCCCGAUAUUCACGGGCGAGCUCAACUGCGGCCCGGAGCACUCUGAGUUCCUGUCGCUAACUCGCACAGUUUGCGUCGAGUUCAAGGCCAGUAUGUAUUCUGCAUCUGGGCUCAAGAUCGACACCCUGCAGCUGCACCACGAGGACUACACCCCUUUCAAGGGUGUUCGCUCCAUGACCCGGAGCGGCAAGUUCCAGAUCCGUGUAUAGAACCUGGACGACUGCUGCUGACAAGGGCACCGACAGAUAGCUGACUGAUAUCUCGGUCGACGGAUCAAGCGCAAUCGGUCCCAAAUUGCGACUUUGGCUGUCCCCGACAUGCGGCAUCAGCACACUCCGUCUCCCCCCCCUCCUCCUCUUAUUGCAUGUCGCCUCGCAAUACUCGUCGGCGGAAUGGCAUUCUGCGGGCCAGUCCAGGCAAGAUGAUGAUAGGGCCGGACAGGCACUUGGCAUCUCUGUUCAAAACACGGUGUAUUGAGGG